GUGGAGGCGGCUGCCCUCGGGCCAAUGAGCUUAAAGGAGCGCGGAACGUGCUUGUGACGUAGCGCUGGAGGGGAAAUUUGAAUGUGGCUUCUUCGGUGGCGCUUUUGUUGCCUCUGGUCCAAGAGCGGGAGCGCCUCGGUGUUAUUCAAUCGUUUCCUUAGAUUGUACCUGGAAAACAUGGCAUUGUCAAUAGAAGGUAUAAAAUUUAUUACAGAAGAGACCCUUGAUGCUGAUCUGUGUACUCCAUUAGAUGGGGAGAGCGAAAGUACUGGCAGACAACAGGUCUUUCAGUGGAUGCCUCUCAGUCCAGAGAAGCUGACAGAGGUCAUGAAGGAAGCCAAUAUGCUAGCUUCUCAGCUGCAGAAGUGCCAACUGGGAGAGAAGACGGGGCUUCAGACAGUUCCCGAAUGUAAGCCUUUACCACUGACCAGGCUUUUGCAAGAGGAGAAGCCAAGCUUCAGGAAAACAAGACGAAGGACAUUUGAUGUGAAAAGCAGCAUAAUGGAAGCACUUCUGCCAACAGUAGACUCUGAAACUGGUUCAGCUCAACGUUCUCCCAAAGCUCCUUCUCCCAAGCAGGGAGGUCGGGCUUCCUGCAGUGUGGACUUGCCAGGUGCCAAGAAACUCCAAAAUAAACCAAAGACCUUGAGUGCUGAGGAUCAGCAGCUGAAGAAGUAUGGACUUAGGCAGUCACUCAGGGCUUCGACUUUGAUGAAGUCUACCGUUAAGAAGCCUCAAGUGGUUAGUAGGAGCAGCAGGAAAGACAGACCACCUCCACUCACCAGCCCUGAUAACACAGAACAUCAGCAGUCCACAGAGCAUUUGAAGCCAGUCCCUCGAAACAAUAGGAAGACAGCAGGAACUACUGGCAAAGAUGCUCCCUGUAAAGAGCCACAGUCGAGCCAUAAGGAUUCUUCCAGGAGAGGUACCACAACUGUCGAACGUAUGAAAGGAAAACCAGAUCCUAAGCUUUGCCCACCUGAGACCAGAGCUCUGAAGAAGUCCCUUGCUGCUCCAAAAAAGUCAAUGGACCUCCAGAAGGCAAAUACAAAUCAGUCUAAAACAGCAGAAUGUGACGAGCCACAGUUGCAAGGUAUUUCCAAGCCUCAUAGAAGCUCUUAUCAGAUUAGAAACACUUGUUCUACCACAUCUCAACUUGCAAGCCGAAUCCCAGUCCCAAAAGCAACCAACUGCACCACUACCUCAGGCAAGUGUCCAAAGACACUUUCAAGGAGGCCCAGUCAGCUCCAGGCAUCAAACGUGGGACUGCCUGGUGGAAAGGGAUCUCCAGUACCAACUCCUGCUAACAAGAAAGGAGGUUCACCUUCCAUUAAACUUUGUCCUACAUCCUGUUGGUUGGUCCCAAACAAUGUAGAUGAACUGAAGGGUGAAUCAGCAUCUUCUACAGUUCAGCAGACAACCUCAAACAGCCCUUCCCAGAACAUCAGGCUGCGGCUGAGGAAGAAAACCUCUGACAAUUCAAGGCGUUGAACUUCUGAUCAACUGAGACUUCUUUCUUCUGAAGAAAAGCCUGGGCUGCCUGCUUUCCUCUCUGCUGUUAUCAGAUGAAACUUGUUACCACUUCUUAGAGGUCAACAACGGGGCUUCUGUUAUGGACCUCCACUAUAAUUCCUAUGCCCAGAGUCAUACUAUUUCACACCUACAAGCUGUAGAUCUGGGACCCACCUAUUCCUCCUUGCCACUACUUCAUUAAGUGUCUUUUGAUUUAUAGCUCAGACUGGGAUGGCCAGAAGCAUGCUAAGCCAAGAAGAGACUUUGUUAAGUAUUUCCAGUUUUAUCACAAGUAGGGAACUUUUGCUUCUCUGGCUCUUUUGACCAGCUCCCAUUAUCCCUUCUCAACUUUAUUAUUACCAUUGCUAGGGGAUUGUGGGAAUUGUAGUAUGAAACAUCUGGAUGGUCAGUUUCCCCAUUCACUUAUCAGCUUAAGACAAUCUUAGCUAACCUGAUUCUCUCAAGGUAUUUUAGACUAAAGUCCCCAGAUAGCAUUGCCCUGGUGCCUCUGAAGAAUGUAAGCUUUGGCCUAAAUACUUCAUUGAGAAAAGCAGUGUUGAUGUGGACCAAUGCAAUAUUCAGUUUUCCAAGGGCAAACCACUGCAGCACAAAGCUGUACAAGUAUUAUGUUUUUUAAGAUUAUGCUGUUACUGGAAAAUAUGUAUGCUAAUAAUAAUUGUCAUUUUGUAAAAGAGCACUAUCUAUAGGUAAAACAUUUCACUAAUGAUGUAGGAGUGCGUUGUGAGAAUUAAUGUUUCUUUUGACGAAGUUUGCUAUGUGCUAGUAGUAAGACAGCCCUUGGUUCUCAUUUUUAUGUGCAAAGAUGGGCAGCAUUUAUUUCAAAUUCUUUAUGAUGACAUAUUUGUAUAUAUUAUCCUUUUAUGGUUCUCUGUAAAACAGUGUCCCAAGAUAUGAAACCUAGUGGAUUCUAUUUUGCCCAGAUUAUGGUUUGUUAGCUGCUUUUUAGUUCCAAAAACUUGCAUACAGUCAGAUACUUAAAUGUGAAAAUAAAGAAGGCUGCUAUGUAUUUGUCUCUUCCACUCAUAUCCACUCUGAAGCUCUUCUAUUGUUAAUGGUUACAAGAGGAAGAAAUUGAAGCACAAAUGUUUCAAAAGCUUCACUUGUUCUACUCUGCAGCUGCUGGAAACACAAGAGAUUUGCCUGCCCCCAAACAGGUCAUAGCUCUGUAAUUACUGAUUUUUUUUCUUCUACUUCCUGAAAUUAAUUUAUAUUUUUAAUUACUCUUACCAUCUUUCUAGCUUUUCUGUUCUUUUUUCUCAAGAUACAUUUCUGUGAGUGAAGGAAACAAAGUAUGUCUGUAAGCAGAAAAGACAUGCUUUGUAUUGUGUUCUUUAUGUGAUGAAAUGACAGUUACAAUAUGAUACAUUAACAAAACUUGAUCCAUAGCGUCCUGAGCAUCCUUUGAAGGCAAGAGAUAUGAUUGAAAGCCUGUGGAACAAUUGUUUAAAAUGUAGAAAAUCACCUUUCAAAUAUGUUUGAGGUAAGGAACGGGUGAUGAAUGACUCCCACAAACAAAUCACUACUCAAUUUCUUCUUAAAUCUUGUGUGAGAGUGAGGGUCAUCCUUUUCCCAUGGAAUAAUUGCUGUGUGUUGUACUAUUAAAAAAUAUUUUUUUUAAAGACCCAACAUCUAGGAAUGUGUUUAGACCCCUGACAAAAUUAUACAUGUGUGUAUAUUAGAUUUUGAAAUAAAGAAACAAGCAGCAA